ACACGGAGUGGAAGGCAAAAUGGCGGCGGCAGCGAUGGCCUGGUGCUGAGGGGAGAGCCAGGUCCUCGCGACCCCGCGUCGGGCCGCGCUGGCCGGCCGCAGCCCCCCGGCGUCUGUCCCCGCCCUGCCCCAUCCCGAACCCGGAGCGACGCUAGGGGCCCUGGGGGACGGGCUCCGGGCCGCCGCGGCGCCGGCCCUCGGGCCCGCAGCGGCUGUCCAGAAGCCUCACCGUCCCCUGCAGGUUAGUUACUUCCACUGUAAAGGAUUUUAACAUUCCUGGGACUUCCCCUUUCACCUUGGCUCAGAAGGAAGCUCCGAGUCUUUGAGUUAGCUCCUGAAGAAGUACUUUGCAGGGGCCACAUAUAGAUGCUUUCAUGAAGAGGGGUGAAAAGCCAGAAGGGUACAGACAGAUGAGGCCUAAGACCUUUCCUGCCAGCAACUACCCUGGCAGCAGCCGACAGAUGCUGCAGGAGAUCCGAGAAUCCCUGAGGAAUUUAUCAAAACCAUCUGAUGCUUCGAAGGCCGAGCAUAACCUGAAUAAGAUGUCGACUGAAGAUCCCAGGCAGGUGAGAAAUCCACCCAAAUUUGGCACACAUCAUAAAGCCUUGCAAGAAAUUCGAAACUCUCUACUACCAUUUGCAAAUGAAACAAGUUCUUCCCGGAGCCCUUCAGAAGUUAAUCCACAGAUGUUUCAGGAUUUGCAGGCUGCUGGCUUUGAUGAGGACAUGGUUAUUCAAGCUCUUCAGAAAACCAAUAACAGAAGCAUAGAAGCCGCUGUUGAAUUCAUUAGUAAAAUGAGUUACCAAGACCCUCGUCGAGAGCAGAUGUCUGCAGCAGCUGCCAGGCCUAUUAAUGCCACCAUGAAACCAGGAAAUGUGCAACAUUCAAUUAACCGAAAACAAAGCUGGAAAGGUUCUAAAGAGUCUUUAGUUCCUCAGAGACACGGUCCAUCUCUUGGAGAAAACGUGGUUUAUCGUUCUGAAAGCCCCAACUCCCAGGCGGAUGUAGGAAGACCUCUGUCUGGAUCCGGCAUUACAGCGUUUGCUCAAGCUCACCCAAGCAAUGGACAGAGAGUGAACCCCCCACCACCACCUCAAGUUAGGAGCGUUACUCCUCCACCACCUCCGAGAGGCCAGACCCCACCUCCACGAGGCACCACUCCACCUCCCCCCUCAUGGGAACCAAACUCUCAGACAAAGCGCUACUCUGGGAACAUGGAAUACGCAAUCUCGCGAAUCUCCCCUGUUCCAGCUGGGGCGUGGCAGGAGGCCUACCCUCCACCACCUCUUAACACUUCUCCCAUGAAUCCCCCUAACCAGGGUCCGAGGGCCAUUAAUUCUGUUCCAGUUGGUAGACAACCCAUCAUCAUGCAAAGUACUAGCAAAUUUAACUUUACACCAGGGCGACCUGGAGUUCAGAAUGGUGCUGGUCAGUCUGAUUUUAUCGUGCACCAAAAUGUUGUCCCCACUGGUUCUGUGAAUCGUCAACCACCACCUCCAUAUCCUCUGACCCCAGCUAAUGGACAAAGCCCCUCUGCUUUACAAACAGGGGCUUCUGCUGCUCCACCAUCAUUCGCCAAUGGAAAUGUUCCUCAGUCGAUGAUGGUGCCGAACAGGAACAGUCAUAACAUGGAGCUUUACAAUAUUAAUGUCCCUGGACUGCAAACAACUUGGCCCCAGUCAUCUUCUGCUCCUGUGCAGUCAUCCCCAAGCGGUGGGCAUGAAAUUCCUACAUGGCAACCUAACAUACCAGUGAGGUCAAAUUCUUUUAAUAACCCAUUAGGAAGUAGAGCAAGUCACUCUGCUAAUUCUCAGCCUUCUGCCACUACAGUCACUGCGAUCACACCAGCUCCUAUUCAACAGCCCGUGAAAAGCAUGCGCGUCCUGAAACCAGAGCUGCAGACUGCUUUAGCCCCGACCCAUCCUUCUUGGAUGCCACAGCCGGUUCAGACUGUUCAGCCUAACCCUUUUUCUGAGGGUACAGCUUCAAAUGUGCCUGUCAUCCCACCUGUUGCUGAAGCUCCAAGCUAUCAAGGUCCACCACCGCCUUAUCCAAAACAUCUGCUACACCAAAACCCAUCUGCUCUUCCAUAUGAGUCAGUGAGUAAGCCCUGCAAAGAUGAACAGCCUAGCUUACCCAAGGAAGAUGAUAGUGAAAAGAGUGUGGACAGUGUUGACUCUGCGGAUAAAGAAAAGAAGCAGAUUACAACUUCCCCGAUCACUGUUCGGAAAAACAAGAAAGAUGAAGAACGGAGAGAGUCUCGGAUUCAGAGUUACUCCCCACAGGCCUUUAAAUUCUUCAUGGAGCAGCACGUGGAGAAUGUCCUCAAGUCUCAUCAGCAGCGGCUGCAUCGGAAGAAGCAGCUAGAAAAUGAAAUGAUGCGGGUUGGAUUAUCUCAAGAUGCCCAGGAUCAAAUGAGAAAGAUGCUUUGCCAGAAAGAGUCUAACUAUAUUCGCCUUAAAAGGGCUAAAAUGGACAAGUCUAUGUUUGUAAAGAUAAAGACAUUAGGAAUAGGAGCGUUUGGUGAAGUCUGUCUAGCAAGAAAAGUCGAUACUAAAGCUUUGUAUGCAACAAAAACUCUGCGAAAGAAAGACGUCCUGCUCCGAAAUCAGGUGGCUCAUGUGAAAGCUGAGAGGGAUAUCCUAGCAGAAGCCGACAAUGAGUGGGUGGUCCGCCUGUACUACUCUUUCCAGGACAAGGACAACUUGUACUUUGUGAUGGACUACAUUCCUGGGGGGGAUAUGAUGAGCCUAUUAAUUAGAAUGGGCAUCUUUCCUGAAAAUCUGGCACGAUUCUACAUAGCAGAACUUACCUGUGCAGUUGAAAGUGUUCAUAAAAUGGGUUUUAUUCAUAGAGAUAUUAAGCCUGAUAACAUUUUGAUUGACCGUGAUGGCCAUAUUAAAUUGACUGACUUUGGCUUGUGCACUGGCUUCAGAUGGACACAUGACUCCAAGUACUACCAGAGUGGGGAUCACCCACGGCAAGAUAGCAUGGAUUUCAGUAACGAAUGGGGAGAUCCUUCCAAUUGUCGGUGUGGGGACAGACUGAAGCCACUGGAGCGGAGAGCUGCUCGCCAGCACCAGCGAUGUCUAGCCCAUUCUCUGGUUGGGACUCCCAAUUAUAUUGCACCUGAAGUGCUACUGCGAACAGGAUAUACACAGCUGUGUGACUGGUGGAGUGUUGGUGUUAUUCUUUUUGAAAUGUUGGUGGGACAACCUCCUUUCUUGGCACAAACCCCAUUGGAAACACAAAUGAAGGUUAUCAACUGGCAAACUUCUCUUCACAUCCCUCCUCAAGCUAAACUGAGUCCUGAAGCCUCUGACCUCAUUAUCAAACUUUGCCGAGGACCAGAAGACCGCCUCGGCAAGAACGGUGCUGAUGAGAUAAAGGCUCAUCCAUUUUUUAAGACCAUCGAUUUCUCUAGUGAUCUGAGACAGCAGUCUGCUUCAUACAUCCCUAAAAUCACACAUCCAACAGAUACAUCCAAUUUCGACCCUGUUGAUCCUGAUAAGUUGUGGAGCGAUGGUAGUGAGGAGGAAAAUAUCAGUGACACUCUGAACGGAUGGUAUAAAAACGGGAAGCACCCCGAGCACGCUUUCUAUGAGUUCACCUUUCGGAGGUUUUUUGAUGACAAUGGCUACCCAUAUAAUUAUCCAAAGCCUAUUGAGUAUGAAUACAUUCAUUCACAGGGCUCAGAGCAACAGUCUGAUGAAGACGAUCAACACAGCAGCUCGGAUGGAAACAACCGAGAUCUAGUGUAUGUUUAAUAACUAGGAGAUCACUGCCAGAGCUUGCAAGAGGCCUGCAGUGCAGGGGUUGAAGUUUUGAGAAGAGUGUGCGAAUGUGACAGAGUUUGUGUGCUCUGUGUACAAUGUUUUAUUUUCCUAAGUUAUGGGAAAUUGUUUUAAAUGUUAAUUUAUUCCACCCUUUUAAUUCAGUAAUUUAGAAAAAAUUGUUAUAAGGAAAGUAAAUUAUGAACUGAGUAUUAUAGUCAAUUCUUGGUACUUAAAGUACUUAAAAAAUAGUGCUCUGUUUAAAAAGAGAAGCCCGGUAUCUUUUGUAUAUAUGAUAAAUAAUUUUAAAAU